GGCUCAUUGUCGGUCAGUCGGUGUUCAAAUUUUGAGGGAAAUCGUCUAGUUUUCGCACUGAACACUGUGUCGGCCGUGCUGCAGAUUGUCUGUCGGGCGCUUGUUUAAAUCAAUCUAAAAUCGGGAAAGUUUAAGAUUGGCUCUGAAGGUGUUUAGAAAAAGGACCUGAAAAUGAAUCAUCUAAAUUUCGAGUCGUUGCCCGACCCGUCGGCUAAAUACCAGCUGGAAGAUGUGAUUGCAAGUGGUUCCACUGCGAAGGUUUAUAAAGCGAAGGAUUUAGAAAGCGGGAGGUAUGUUGCCAUCAAAGUGCAGCCGUUUGAUGAGGAGCAUCGGCUGCAAAUUGAUGAAGAGUAUCGCGUUCUAAGGGAUUACGCAAAUUAUCCAAACAUCGUGGAUUUCUACGGAGUUUACAGGAACAAAAAAUCAGGAGGGUUUGAUGAAGUUUGGUUCAUUUUGGAGUAUUGCGAAAACGGCACCGCAGUCGAUUUGGUCAACCGGAUGAUGAAAAUGGACCGCAAAAUGAAGGAGGAACAUAUCGCGUUUAUGCUCCGUGAAGCCGCGAAAGCGGUUAUGGAAUUGAAUCGAAAUCAUUUUAUUCAUCGCGAUGUCCGUGGGAGUAAUAUUUUGAUUACGAAAAAUGGCGAAAUCAAACUAUGUGACUUUGGUCUUACACGAGAAGUGGAUUCGACUUUUGGUAAACGUGGGACAUGCAUUGGUUCACCGAGUUGGAUGGCACCGGAACUUGUAACUGCGCAAGAUGCUCGUACCCACGAAGUGUAUGACAGUCGCACUGACGUCUGGGCGCUCGGUAUCACUGCUAUAGAACUGGGUGAUGGAAAGCCUCCAUUCCAUGACAUGCAUCCUACACGAGCUAUGUUUCAAAUUGUGCGUAAUCCACCACCGACUUUAACCGUUAUAUCUAAUUGGACCCAAAACUACAAUGACUUUAUAUCUGAAUGUCUGGAGAAGAAUCCCGAAAAUCGCCCGUUCCUAAUGGAGAUAAUUGAGCAUCCAUUUUUAUCUGAAUUACCGGAAAACGAUUUUGCUAUGCAAACGGAGAUUAAAGCCAUAUGUGAAAUGUCUAUGUCACAACAGAUAGAAAGGAAGGAGGAGAUAGCCGUCGAAGAAGGCUACAUAAAAUGCUUUGACAAGCAGCCCGAGAAAAUGUUUACUGAAGAUUUGGCCGCAAUUGAGAAUCCUUCAGAUGAGAAAGUCGUUGAUCUUUUGGGAAAUCGUUUGAAGCGUGGAAAUUUCUACACUUUUAUUGGGGACAUUCUUUUAUCGUUGAAUUCCAAUGAUAUGGCGGAACAAUACGAUGAUCAGGUUCAUGAAAAAUACAAAUUCAAAUCACGUUCAGAAAAUGCUCCGCACAUUUUCGGUGCAGCCGAUGUUGCCUACCAGGAUAUGAUGCACCACAAGGAGCCACAGCACAUUCUAUUCUCCGGUGAAUCUUAUUCAGGAAAAACAACAAAUAUUCGUCUUUUCGCUGAACAUUUAUUCUUCUUGGGAUCCGGAAACAAAGGCGCAACUGAACGCGUACGUAAAGCAAUGAGAGUCAUUUCGAUGCUGGUCAGCGCGGGAACACCUCUCAAUCCAAAUUCAACUCGGUGCACUAUGCAACACAUACUCACGUUUGGAACCACUGGAAAGUUGAGCGGAGCUAUAUUUACGGUCAAUCUGCUAGAAAAGAUGCGUGUCUCGAGUACAGAUAUGGAUCAGCACAACUUCCACAUCUUCUACUACUUCUACGAUCAUAUGGAAGCUAACGGACUUUGCGAAAACUAUUCCUUGGAGAAGGGGCGAAAAUAUCGAUAUCUUCGAAUCCCAGGUGAAAAACAGAUAACCAAGUUGAAGUACGCUCGCGACAGUCCAGCCGAGAACGCUAACCUCUAUAAGGAAUUUGAAGAGAUCCUUCUUGAUCUCGACAUUUCCCGAAAGAAUCUCGAAACGAUCCGCAAGAUUUUCGCGGCUAUUCUGAAUCUUGGAGAUGUUCGAUUCAAGAAGAAUGACAAACGUGCCGCGGAGUUUGAAGAAUCUGAGGUAGUUUCCAAAGUGGCGGACCUGCUACGAUUAGAUGAGAAGAAAUUCUUGUGGUCGAUGUUGAACUAUUGCAAAGUGAAGGGUGGAAUUGCAGAGAGGAAGCACUACACACCUGAGGAGGCGAGAGACAGUAGGGAUGCAUUGGCGGCAACAAUGUAUAAUCGAGUUGUGGAUUGGAUCGUUAUCAAGAUAAACAUAAAUUUGGCUUUUCCGAGGGCUGUUUUUGGCGACAAACAUUCCAUUCACAUUUACGAUAUGUUCGGGUUCGAAUGCUUCAAGAGAAAUGGAAUUGAGCAGUUGAUGGUUAACACGCUGAAUGAGCAGAUGCAAUACCAUUACAACCAAAUAACUUUUGCAAACGCAGCUUAUGAACAGGAAUUUGAUGGAGUCCCGCCGGUUACAGUCAACUACUAUGACAAUAAACAGGUCCUGGAUCAGCUUCUAACGAAACCAGAAGGGCUUUUCUCGAUAAUCGAUGAUGCUUCCAAGACAGCCCAGGAUCAUGAGGCUAUACUUGAAAAAGUCCAGAACAAGCGCAGUCCAUACAUAAAAAAAUGCGGCAACCAUGACAUCUCCAUAACUCAUUACACUGGAAAGAUAACUUAUGACGUGCGUGGAUUCCCUGAUACAAACCGAGACUUCGUCCCCCCAGAAAUGAUUGAAUCUCUUCGGACUUCCUUGGACGAAAUGAUUUGCCUCAUGUUCACCAACAAUUUGACGAAGUCUGGUAACCUAACAAUUGCAAUGGAUGAAGAAGGUAAAGGGAAAUCAGGAGAAGGAAGACGUUCGUAUAAUCUAAAUACGUUGUCUCAAGGACAAUAUUCCCAAAUCAACCAGAUGAGGAGUUUGGCCACCUUGUUCCGCACUUGUUGCUUGCAAAUGUUAAAAACCUUGGCUAGUAAGGCAGACAAUGCUGGAUGUCAUUUUAUUCGAUGUAUUCGGGCUGAUUUGGAAUAUCAACCGAGGAAUUUCCAUCGGGACAUGGUUCUUCAACAAUUGAAGGCUUUGGCUGUUACAGACACGAUUACCAUCAGACAGCAAGGAUAUUCAUGUCGAAUUACUUUCCAAGAAUUUUUAAAGAGAUAUCAAUUUUUAGCUUUUGACUUUGAUGAGACUGUAGAUGUUACCAAGGAUAACUGCAGAUUGAUGUUAAUUCGUCUGAAAAUGGAAGGUUGGGCAAUCGGCAAAUCUAAAGUGUUUUUGCGUUACUACAAUGAUGAAUAUCUUGCAAGAUUAUAUGAAAUACAAGUGAAGAAAAUCAUCAAGGUCCAAGCAAUGAUGCGGUCUUAUUUGUUGCGGAAACGAAAGGGAAAAGAAGCAAAAGCCAAAUCCAGUCAACCGGCCGUUACAGUAGAUGAAGAUGAAGCAGCAAUCAGAAUUCAAAAAGCUUUCCGUGGGUAUCAGACGCGUAAAGCUUACAGUCCACUGCUCAAUGAGAAGACCGGCCAAAUUGACCAAAGCACUGCUGACUUCUUGAAACGAUAUGUGCAGAGGUGGAGAGCCAAGUCUUUAUUCCAAGUUUUGCUGCAUUACCGGGCUGCGAGAUUUCAGGAUUUCGUCAAUUUAUCCCAACAGGUACAUUUAUACAAUCAACGAGUGGUUGCUGGACUUCAUGCGACGGCAAGGGGAGUUAACAUCGAUAAAGUUGAUGCCAGACAAAACAACCCCUCCUUAUUCGGAGCAAUGCCAAUGCCACUUCGGAAGAUACCAUUCAAAAUGGAUGACAUUCCGUAUUAUGACACUUCGUACAUGUGUGAUAUAGUCAGCCCAGUUGCUAAUUACGGUGUUACUGUUGAUGAAGAACAGGAGACAUGGGAUGCUCCCUUGCAGCCGCCACCAUCGUUGACUCAAUAUCUUAUGACCUAUAAUGCUUAUAAAAGAGAGCAGGCUUGCCAAACUAAUUGGGACAGACGAGAUGAAGUUGAUGUUGUGUAUGAGCAACAGUUCAGCAGGGACCCAACUAAUAUGAGAAGAACCAACUACGAAUAUUCAAGAGGUCCUGAUUCAUCAUAUCUUCACCCUCAAUGGAACGAUAAUCGCAGACAAAGCUAUGUUCCGGCAGAAAGUCGGCGUUCAAGCUAUAUACCCGGUGAAUUUCGGGGAGUGAAUUCUUCGACACAGAGUUAUGGUGCCUACGAUAAUCGUCGUUUUAGUUCAUCUUCGCAAGUAAGCCAUGACUUUGAUUCUCAUCGUAGAAAUUCACUGUCGAAAAAACGUACAGCACCCACACCGCCCCCUAUGAAGGGGAUGCGCAAUGAGAACUCCUGGAUGAAAAACGAUCGACCACAAAAUCCGGUUCGGGAAAUGCAAAUGAUGGCUCGGCGUGAUAAUCCUAAUCAUAAUUUUGAUGAUGGAGACGAGCCACCCUUCAACUUCCAAGCGAUGCUUCGUAAGACCAACUACGCCGCCAAGGAUGACAUGACGAACAAUGCAUACAACAGUAACGCGAGAUCUUCCCCAAGAAGGAACUUCCAACCAAAGUCGUCUAUGCCGUCGUCAAGGAGCGAGAAUUUUUCGCACAAGCGACAAGGAAGCACUUCAAGCGACAAACGAUCUGCUUCCACAGCUAACUUAAGUGAAGUUGGGAACAUCAACGAAACGCCCAGCUAUAUCGAGGAAGAAAUUGCUCCCGGAGUUACAUUACAAGGAAAUGCUUACAUAAUUUAGGUCUACAGUUUCGUUGGAAGGACCUGUUAAAUGGUCUCUGU